UUAAUGACGUCAUACAGUCGCCGGAAGCGCAAAUAAGACUAUUGAAAUAGAGAUUUUUUUUAUUUUGUCAAAUUAAAAAAAAAAAGAAAAACAAACAAACAAACAAACAAACAAACAUCAUGUCAAUGGAAACCGUACCAAAGGAUCUCCGUCAUUUGCGGGCUUGUCUGCUCUGUUCUCUCGUCAAGACUAUUGACCAGUUCGAGUAUGAUGGCUGUGAUAACUGUGAGUCCUACUUGCAAAUGAAGGGGAACCGGGAGAUGGUUUAUGAAUGCACAAGCUCCUCCUUUGAUGGCAUUAUUGCAAUGAUGAGUCCUGAAGACAGCUGGGUGGCUAAAUGGCAAAGAAUAGGAAAUUUCAAGGCAGGUGUCUAUGCUGUAACUGUAACUGGAAGAUUACCUCCAGGAGUGGUGCGAGAAUUAAAGAGCAGAGGAGUCAUCUACAGGUCCAGAGACACAGCAGUGAAGACAUAAGGCAUGAGAACCAGCACAAAUUUGGCAUCGUAUCCCAGAAAAGUUCCUCAGCUAAACGCUACUCUAUUGAUAUGGUCGUCCCUCUGAAGAAGCCGGUUACAGCCUGUACUGCUGUCUCACCUCUAAUGUACGAAUAAAUAUCUAAAAGCCCUCAAAUACUGAACUGGUGAACUCUGUUAACGUUUGUUUAAUAUUCUUUUGCUUCAUUUAUGUCUGAAAUCUUGUUUCUUUUAAUAUUUAAGAAAAGUCUUACUUUCUCAUUGUUGUAUAUUUAUCUGGUUUGAUUGCAAACCAGCAGCAGUGACUUUAUUGGUUGGACGAUUAAUUACAUUUGAAUAAAACUUUUUUACAAAAACA